AUGGCUCGUGAUUCCCGAUCAUCACGAUUAGCAAAAAAAGAGGAGAUAAGGAAAAAGAAAUCGAGCCCAGUCAAAUGCAUAACUUGCCAAGCCACAAAAGAUGCCAAGAAUACUUCUCCAAAGGCAGAAAGUUCUUCAAAGUGCAAAAAGCCAACGGAAGAAAAAAAUGAUGGCAAGAAAAAGCCACAAGAACAGAAACCCCCGUUGAAUUCCUCAUGCAGAUUCCUCAGGAGCAGCGUCACCAAAGCCUUAUCAGGAGCACCUUGGGUGAAUCUGGAGCUAACUGAUAAUGUUCUCUUUCCGAAGGAGCCUCCUUUGAGCUACAAUAGCUUCACAAUGACUCUUCGCAGGAAACCAUUUUUCCAUACACUUUUCCAAAAACCAACCACUGCAAAAGUUAAGAAGCCUAGCUCAGAAAAAAAUGCGAGGAAAAAAAGUAAGUUUGAAUUAGAAACCUCCCCUUUAUUACAAGAGAAACCAGCUAAAGAGACAACAAGGUUUUCCAAACAAGAGUUACGCCAAAAGAACCAAUUAUCUUCUCCCAAACGAGAUGAGCCUCUGUGUGGUACAGGAAGAAACCCUGCUUCUGAAUGUGAAAGUCAAGCCCCAAAAGGAGAGAUUUAUCUUGAGAAAAGUAUAGCCGCUUCUAACAACCCUGUCUCCGAUAGCCAUCGUCCAGAAGUAUUAAAAGAGCAGUGUGAGAGUGAAGAAUUUGGGGCUAGGGAACAAGCACCAAAUGAUCUGUCAACUAAUGGCUCAGCUGAAACUUUGGCCAGUUCUGUGGGUCCACUUCCACAGCUGGAUUCUGCCAUCACUUCAGUAGUACAGAAAAAUGAACUAGGGAUGUUUGUGAAAUCACAUUUUCAGAGUGGCUCAGACUCGCCAUCUGCCCUGAAAGAACAUUCCAAUUCACAUUCCAAUUCUGCACAGACGCUUUCCUCAGAAACAAAAUCAAAGGUACUUGUAAAAAAAUCUGAGUCUUCUGUAGAAUCUCACUCCAGAACUGAUUGUGUUUUGGUGCUACCUGACGCUGAUGUUUUGAUUACCUCUGAAUUAAUCUCAAAAUUACAUUUAGAUGAUCAGUCUGUGUUACCUGAGACCCACUUCCAACAAGUUCCUGAGCCUACUGUUGAAGAAGAAACUGGUUCACAUGAUGUCUCUAAACCAGAAGGUUGGUUAAAAGAGCCAAGCCUUUGUGUGGAAUCUCAUUCACCAAAAGACGUGGAACUGGAGGCAACCAAUAAAGCACUUGGUUCCUUUGUCAGCGCUAGACAAAAUUAUCUAGGAUGUGACCCAAUUAACAAAGUUUGUGAACAUGUUUCUAAUACCUCUUUAAGUAGUUUUAUUUUGGGAGAUAUUCAGCGGACACUUGAAAAGAUCUCUGCAGAAACUUUUAUCUUAAAUUCGGUAGCUAUGCCUGUUGUGUCUCUCAGCCUAGAAAAGAACACAAUGGGUUCCAUUUCUGUAAGCAACGAGGUCUUUCCUGAAACUCUUCCAAAAUCCCCUGGUAGUUCUAAUUCAGGGCUGCAAUCACACAAUGCAGUGGAUACAGAAAGGACAAUUUUGCCAGGGGACUCAAUUCCAAAGCCUCAGGACCCCUUGCCACAAUUGGGAUACGAUGUGAACUCUGUUUUGGCCAUCACAAAAUGUGGGACUAAUCCAGUUACAGCUUUAGAACCAUCCUCUUAUGGAAGUCCAACUAAUGGCCUUUCUGUCCCAAAUACCUCUUUGCAACUUGUGUUUGAAAAGAAGAAGCGGAGGCGAUGUGGAGUAUGUGAACCUUGUCUGCGGAAAACUAACUGUGAAGAAUGCAGCUGUUGCAGGAACCGUAAAACUAGUCACCGGAUAUGUAAAAAGAGAAAAUGUGAAGAACUGAAGAAGCCCCCAGCCCCACUCCCACCCCCACCCUUUCUCCCCUUAGAGGUGCUAACUGAAAACAAAAGGCCUCAGAGAAGAAAGCAAAGAGUUCUAAAGGGAGACGUGGAAAACAAACCAGUAAAUGGCUGCAGACCAGAGCUCAUGGAAUGUAUUGCAAAUGGCCAUAGUGAAAAAUGCAAGGUGAAACCAAACCAACCACUGCCUUGGGAAAAUGCACAGACGCAUGAAAAGGGAAGUAUGACCGGUUUAGAAACUGAGAAGUGGGCGCAGAAUGAGAAGCCAUUGCUUAGCGUUCAUGUGAACGGUGACCUCUGUGGAAUCGGAGCAAGGAAUGAAAAUUUAAAGCAUUCUGAAAAGGAUGCCAAAACCAUUUCUUCUUCCAGUGCGUUAGAUGAGCCCAAAAAGUUGUUUGCACAAACUGUUAAAAAUGGUAUCAAAAGCAUACCAUAUUCACCAGCAGAAUGUGAUUUGUCACUGAAAAAGGACGUGACCGGAAGUGCAUAUUCAACUGAAAGCUGCAAAGAGAAUGACUCUGAAGCCUUUGAGACUGGUGCUUCUGUGCUGAACCACCUCGGCGCUUUGACAACUGGAAUAUGUGGUGCUCCUCCCUCCCCCAACAAUCAUGUUCUAGUGAAGCAGACGGAAAACUCUAAUGCCAUUCAAGAAUCUCAGAACUCACUUUUGCAAACCAUUUCACUUUUAGACCUGCAGGACAAGCCAUUGUGUCCUCUUGUGCUUGAGGAAGAUGGCUGUCUUGAGGAUGGUGCUUCAAACAUAUCAAGCAAGGAUUCCCAGCCUGAAGAUUUGUCACUUCAAUCAACUUUUUUAUCACUGAUUAAAAACAGAAAUUUAACUGUUGAGCAGGUGGUUGCUAUUGAGGCAUUAACACGUCUGUCUGAAGUCUCUUUAGGUGCUGCUUCACCAGCGAAAACAGAAAGCGGUCAAUGUACAGAGCAAGAAACAACGUCUCAUUCACUUAACAAUUACAGAAAGGAGAAUUCUCAUUCUUUGACAUCAGCGCUGAAAGCAAUUAAAGGGGCUUGUCCACCAAAAGACCAACAGCUUUUUCCUUGUGGUCAUUCACAGAGAAAAAUUCUUCCAAAUAAUUUGCUUUAUAAUGGUCAAAGUGCUACUUCUGAACUCCACAAUAAAUCUACCAGCUCAUCUAGUUUAUUGCGUCGAUUACAUUUCUCUCCAAGAGAUACUAAGCCUUUCACUGCAUUAGUGUCUGGUGGAAAUUCAAGUCAUACUACCAAGAAACAUCCUCUUCAUCAUAAAGCUGCCAUUGGGCCAUGUUCCAAAAACUCAAAUACUGUCAAACAACGGAGGAACAGAGUGGAAAUGCUUGGGAAAUGGGAGGGAAAGGCUAUUCAUGGCCUGAAUUCAAAAAGUAAUUCCGUAAUUAAGGAUGGUAUUCAUAGCCAAGAUGAAGAAGACGUAGCUACCCAAUUAACUCAACUUGCAGCAAUAAUUGAAUCCACAAACCCAGAUCAGAAGACAUCAUUUCUUAGUCGAAUACCACCAGAUAUGCAAUCAAAAUAUAAACAGGACCAGUGCCUAUUGCAGAAGAAACAAUCGGUAUUCGUAAGGAACAAUUAUAGCGCGCUGCUAGUCAAGCAAAGGCAACCUGUGCGGAAAAAUGACAAACCAGUACCCAGAGUAAAAAGAUUAAAGAAGAAGCCUCAAGCCAUGUCUGACCAACAAAAUAGUCAACUGCAGCAAGAAUGCCAGUUCAGUGAUUUACAGGACAAACCAAGGAAGUCUUCUAAACUACGCAAGCCUAGUCGGAUUGUACCACAAGACUCCAAGCUAACUGUGAUGGGGAAAAAACCUUCUAAAACCAAAGUACGAAAGGCACGGAAUCAGAUGACUUUGCCAUCACAGCAAAAACCAGCGAUGUUAUUUCUUCCCAAAACUCAAAUAAUAUUCCAUAGACCUUUACCUGCCUCAGCACAGGACAAAAUGAAAGACAAAGUACUUAGCCAUGAAAUGGUGCCCAAACACAUCAAAACCAUGGGCUCUGGUGAUGUGCAGAAUGCUGAUCCUCUACGUGGUGCAUCUGUUGCUUUGCAACACAGUGGCCUACCCUCCUGUAAUCUUCCAGCUGUUCCUCACUUAGACACACAGUCCUGUUUCAACCAAGGAAGUGAAAAUAUGCAGAUGUUUACAGAAAAGGACAAGACUUCUCAGGUACAGCAAGCAAUGAAUCUUGCUCAGAUGCAUCCUUUGCCUCAGCCCUUCAGUCAAUCCAGUCAAAGAAAGGAUGAAAUCUGUGCAGAAAACAAAGCAAAACUCCAGCCUGAGGCUGUGGAGCAAGAAAAGGGCCAGAAGCUUCAGGCCAUACCCAUUAAUGGCGGGGAGCCCCCUUCAGAGUAUCCAUUGCAGACUCUCAGGAAUGCUGAGGGUGCAGAUGAAGUUAAGAGUCUAACAUCAGGAAGUUUAGAGAACGAGAAUCCACAGAGUACUAAGAUCUUAGGAAAUUCUCCAGCAAAAAAUACACUCAGUAGCUUUCUCGAAUCACCUAUGAAAUUCCUAGACACCCCGACAAAGAACCUAAUUGAUACUCCUACAAAGAGAGGACAGACUGAUUUUCCAUCUUGUGACUGCGUUGAGCAAAUUGUGGAGAAGGACGAAGGGCCAUAUUAUACACACCUGGGAACAGGACCAAGUGUUGCCGCUGUGAGGGAAAUAAUGGAGGACAGGUAUGGAGCAAAAGGAAGUGCUGUAAGAAUAGAAAUAGUAGUGUAUACAGGCAGAGAAGGAAAAAGUUCCCAGGGGUGUCCGAUUGCCAAGUGGGUUAUUAGAAGAAGCAGCGAAGAGGAAAAGCUGUUGUGCCUGGUCCGACAGCGUGCAGGACAUCACUGUCAAACGGCCGUCAUUGUGAUCCUUAUUUUGGCUUGGGAAGGGAUUCCCCACCUUCUGGCUGACACCCUGUACAAGGAACUGACGCAGAGUCUCCGAAAAUAUGGCUGUCCAACAAGCCGUCGAUGUGCACUCAACGAAGAUCGUACAUGUGCCUGUCAAGGGCUUGAUCCAGAGACAUGUGGGGCAUCUUUCUCUUUUGGCUGUUCAUGGAGUAUGUAUUACAAUGGCUGUAAAUUUGCCAGAAGUAAAAUCCCCAGGAAAUUCAGACUUCUCACAGAUGAUCCCAAGCAGGAAGAAAAUCUGGAAAAUAAUUUGCAAACUUUAGCAACUGAUGUGGCUCCGCUGUAUCAGAGACUCGCCCCUGAUGCUUUCCAAAACCAGGUGGAAAAUGAGCACCUGGGUCCUGACUGUCGGCUUGGGUCUAAGGAUGGUCGUCCAUUCUCUGGUGUCACAGCUUGCAUAGAUUUCUGUGCCCAUGCCCAUAAGGAUACACACAACAUGCAUAAUGGAAGCACUGUGGUUUGUACUUUAACAAAAGAAGAUAACCGUACAGUGGGAGCGAUACCAAAUGAUGAACAGCUGCACGUGUUACCUCUUUACAAAAUUUCACAAACAGAUGAAUUUGGCAGAGAGGAGGGACUGGAAGCCAAAAUAAAAGCUGGGGCCAUACAGGUGCUCACUGCUUUUCCUCGAGAAGUUAGAAUGUUAGCUGAGCCACGCAGAGCAACAAAGAAGAAGAAAUCUGAAGUAAAGAAGGUGCCUGUUGAAAAGCAGACUUCAGCAGAAAAGAAGCAUUCCACACCUGUAAAGGGGAAAAGUGGAGUGCCAGAAAAUAUGACUAAAACUUCACAGAGUUUAGGGAGCAAAACUAAUACAUUGCAACCUGGAACAAAAAUCGAGACUGGUGAUCACCUUUCUACCAUAACACAUAAUUCAGACACUACUAAAAAUUGCUCUGUAUUAAAACAGUGUGCUUCUUCCUCCCCUUUAAAGCUGGAUGGCUUACAUUCUUGUUCCCCAUUAACUCACAAACCUGGUGGUUUAACGCCAGUGAUUAAGAGUCAACAAGAUUUUUCAACUCCCUACGGGUAUUUUCAGUGCAGUAGUAACAAACCUCAUGUGACACCCAAAGGUAAGAACUUUGAUGUGUCGGCCAGUGAUCAUACUGGAAUUUUGCUGGACGAGAAGAAGAAUGGCAUGCCCCCAUUCCUUCAAGACCUUACUAUUUCAAAGCCCGCAUCUUACAGAGAAUCUCUGCCCUGUACACUUGAACAAGAAGUAGUCAACAAGCAAAAUUGUGAAAUUAAGUUGGAAAACUCUUCUGCCUCACAGUUGAUUAACCCUGAUCCAUCAGUGCUGUUGAAUGCUCCAGGAGAGGUGGUCAGAAAUGAAAUGUGUUCUUCCCAGGAGAGUCCAAUGCAAACAGGUGCUUUCAAACAAAACUCAGAUUGCAAUUCCACCACUGUGGACAACAAGCCAAGCAAUGAGCUCCUAAAACGCGCAGAUUCAGAAGAAAAAGCAGAGGAAAUGUGGUCGGAUAGCGAGCAUAAUUUUUUGGAUAAUGACAUCGGUGGGGUAGCUGUGGCACCAUCUCAUGGCUCCAUUUUAAUUGAAUGUGCACGCCGUGAACUACAUGCUACAACGCCUAUUAAAAAGCCCAACCGGAAUCAUCCCACACGGAUCUCUUUAGUCUUCUACCAACACAAAAACUUAAAUGAGCCAAAACAUGGGAUUGCCCUGUGGGAAGCAAAGAUGGCUGAGAGAGCAAAGGAGAAAGAAGCAGAAAGAUUAGAAGCAGAAAACAAUAAUCAGCAACCCAAUGACAAGAGUGCACAGCCGGCUAAUGCCACCAGAGAGAUUUUCUAUGAAGACAAUGAAUUCAACCAAAUUCCCUCCCGGCGAGCGUUAACAGUAACUCAUGAUAACAUCAUAACGGUGUCUACUUAUGCCCUCACACGGGUUGCUGGGCCAUAUAACCAUUGGGCAUAA